AGGGAGCCUCGAUAUGCUGUCUACGACCAACUACGUAGCGCGACGAUACGGUGUGCGCUCCGGGAUGCCAGGGUAUAUUGGCAGGAAGCUGUGCCCCUCACUCGUCAUUGUGCCAACCGACUUUGACGCGUACCGUGCGGAGAGCGCCGUGGUGCGGGGAAUUGCGGCCGAGUACGACCCCAACUUCACUAGCGUGGGCCUUGACGAGCUGACGAUGGAGGUGACGGCGUACCUGCGGGCUCACCCUAGCAUGACUGCGGCGGAUGUUGCGUCCGAGUUCCGCGCGCGUGUGUUCGCGGAGACGCAGCUGACUGCCAGUGCAGGGAUUGGCCCGACGGCGACACUGUCCAAGAUUGCGAGCAACUACAAGAAACCGAACGGCCAGCACGAGCUGCAGCUUCGGACGCGCGAGGAUGUGAUGGACUUUAUGAAGAACCUUCCGGUGCGAACCGUGCCUGGGAUUGGCCGUUCGACUGAAAGCAUCCUUCAGGGUCUAGGCAUCAACGCUCUUGGGGACAUUUACGAUCGGCGUGUUGAGUUGUGCUAUGUCUUAACGGAGAAAACGUUUCGCUUUCUUCUGGGUUCUUCCAUGGGCAUAGUGCGCUGGAUGGACGCAGACGCGCCUGAUGGAACUGAACGUGCAUCAGGGGCGGAACGGAAGUCUAUCGGCAUGGAGCGUACCUUUAGAAAUCUCUCGAGUCGCUUGGAUCUGCAGCAGAUUGCGCACUCAGCCCUGCUUCAUGCGCACAGGGGACUUGAGGAAAAGGAAUUGGUUUGUCGGCAGAUUGUCCUAAAGACGAAGCGAGUAAGCUUUGAGGUACAUCAGUACUCCAAAAAUUUGUCACAACACUUGGAUGACUUCGAGACUCUCCGCCGUGGGGUUGACGAGCUGCUGCUUCCUAUUGCGGACCAGUAUGCCUCCUUUAGGCUGGUGGGUGUCCGGCUGGCGGACCUAAUGACAAAGGCGGAGUACGAGAUCCUUCAGCGGGGUAACGUACAGCGCACCUUGUUGCAUUACUGCACUCACAGCAAUGCGAGGGAAAAUCUGGUAACAUGUGGGAAAAAGCGCCUUGUAAAUGGAGAGGAGGAGUUGAAGAAUGACAAUAAUGGUAGCGAACUGUGGAUUUGCUCAGCGAAUAAGGGGACAUCGGAUGAUUUUGUUGCUGAUGAUGAUGUGGUGUGUGUGAGUCCCCCGGCGAAGCUGAGGCGGUCAGAGGGUGGUAGCGCGGCGGAAAAUGUUAUUGUGAUUGAUUGA